GGUAACAAUGCAUUCAUACAGCAAAUGAUCACUGUCUGUUCAGGCUGCUUCUUGCUCUUGUCUCAGAAUAAGAAAGGAGUGCUGCUUCUUUCCUGGGCAGUGUUACCUCCUGCCUUGGACCAUCAGGCUUGCUGACUGGAACUCACUCACCCUGCCUGCAGGAUCAUUCUGCAAGGCUUUCUUUUGCCCACCUCGCCUGGAGAGGAAUCUCUUCUGGGCUAUCUCAGAAAAGCAAAUUCCAUCCUGAAACUAUUUUACCAAGAACUUUCUCAGGAGCUGUGCGGGGGCCCUGCCAUGACACACCUACCAUUUGUACUGCUACCUGUCAAAAAUUUGGAUGGAGCAACUUUCAGGUCAUGACCCUUGAAUUUAAGAAAUUCUUGAAGACAAUAUCAAAUAUGAUUCUCAAGAAAAUGUGAUUUGCGUCUGGAGACAAUUGUGCAUAUCAGCUGGUAAAAUAUUCAAUAGAUACGUACGUGGUAGAAGAGAAAAUUAUCUUCAGGAGAUUCUAAUUACCAAGAGCACAACUGAAUUUAGUUUGAUAUACAGCAUAUUUUGAGCUCUUAUGAUGGAGAAAAAAUAUGUAUUGUAUUUUCUAUUACUAUUGCCUUUUUAUAUGACUCCUGUCACAGCAGAAUCAGAAGAAGAGGAUGCUGCACAAACUGAGUUGGGAGUUACUAGAAAUAAGAUCAUGACAGCUCAAUACGAAUGUUACCAAAAAAUUAUGCAAGAUCCCAUUCAACAAACAGAAGGCAUUUACUGCAACAGAACCUGGGACGGAUGGCUGUGCUGGAAUGAUGUUGCAGCUGGAACUGAAUCCAUGCAGCACUGCCCGGAUUACUUUCAGGACUUUGAUCCUUCAGAAAAAGUUACCAAGAUCUGUGACCAAGAUGGAAACUGGUUCAGACAUCCAGCAAGCAACAGAACAUGGACAAAUUAUACUCAGUGCAAUGUUAAUACACAUGAAAAAGUGAAGACUGCCCUGAACUUGUUCUACCUUACUGUAAUUGGACAUGGAUUAUCCAUUGCAUCUCUGCUCAUCUCACUUGGCAUAUUCUUUUAUUUCAAGAGCCUAAGUUGCCAAAGGAUUACCUUGCACAAAAAUCUGUUCUUCUCUUUUGUCUGUAAUUCUAUUGUGACAAUCAUUCACCUCACUGCUGUGGCAAACAACCAGGCUUUAGUGGCAAAAAAUCCUGUCAGUUGCAAAGUGUCUCAAUUCAUUCAUCUUUACCUAAUGGGAUGCAAUUACUUUUGGAUGCUCUGUGAGGGUAUUUACCUGCACACCCUCAUUGUGGUGGCUGUCUUUGCUGAGAAGCAGCACCUGAUGUGGUAUUAUUUUCUUGGCUGGGGAUUUCCUCUGAUUCCUGCAAGUAUACACGCCAUUGCCAGAAGCUUAUAUUACAAUGACAAUUGCUGGAUCAGUUCUGACACCCAUCUUCUGUAUAUUAUCCAUGGUCCAAUAUGUGCUGCUCUACUGGUGAAUCUCUUUUUCCUAUUAAAUAUUGUCCGCGUUCUCAUCACCAAGUUAAAAGUGACCCACCAAGCGGAAUCCAACCUCUACAUGAAGGCCGUGAGAGCCACACUCAUCCUUGUACCACUGCUGGGCAUUGAGUUUGUCCUUUUCCCCUGGCGGCCAGAAGGCAGGAUCGCAGAGGAGGUGUAUGACUACGUCAUGCACAUCCUGAUGCACUACCAGGGUCUUUUGGUAUCUACAAUUUUCUGCUUUUUUAAUGGAGAGGUUCAAGCAAUUCUGAGAAGAAACUGGAAUUUAUAUAAAAUCCAAUUUGGAAAUGGCUUUUCCCACUCAGAUGCUCUUCGCAGUACAUCUUACACAGUGUCAACCAUCAGUGAUGUUCCAGGGUAUAGCCAUGACUGUCCAACAGAGCACUUAAAUGGAAAAAGCAUCCAAGAUAUUGAACAUGUUGCCUUAAAGCCAGAAAAGCUAUAUGAUAACAUCAUGUGAGAUCUCGGCUUGUUCUGUACCACUCCUAAUUCAGUGACUUGGACCCAGAAUAUUAAUAGCAAGAAGAUUUCAAUACAAAAUCAAUUUCUGAAAUGUCAUAAAGAAAGUCCUCAAACGAAGUGACAAUUGUGUUGAUAAAUGUUUAACAGCCGUCCCUCAGUGGUAGAACAGCCCUGAUUUAUAAUGUUGGCCAGUAAAUACUACUUCUGGCUGAUUUCAGACUACCAACCUGACCUCACUGAAUGUGGAACUGAAACAAAGAUAAGCACAAUCAACUCUUGGGAGCUAGCUUGAGUAGCUUCCAGCACAUCACUAAUUGAAUUCACAAAUUAUGGGUCAGGUUCAUGUACCCACUGUUAGUGAGCCUGCUCUUGUUAGUUAAGGAACCCCUGCUCUGUCUUUAUAGGCAUGGGAGGAACAAUCUUGACUUUUGUUUUAGCUGCAAAACCCCCAUUGCCAUUGGGGCACUUAACAUGUAUGUAAUGUAACUAGAAGCACUCUGGUUCUUUUUUGUAAUAACUUCCUAAAUGAACUAAACAAAGACUUUCUUAUCCCUGUCA